AUGGCGGAUCAGUUCCACACCAGCGUCUCGCCAGAAGGCGCUGGGGGCCAUCUGAAACAGUAUCGACGUGAACUUAGUGGGUUUACGAACAGUGCAGGAACGAGCCCGAAGUCUCGUGAGCGUACCAGUUACACGAUAAAACUGCAGGAAUCAAACAUAGCUAACGAUCAAUUCAAUCCUUUUAGUGCGAAUAGGAUAUUGCUACCGGAGCGAUCGCUAUCGUCAGAGCCUGUACAGAUUAAUAACAGGUAUACCGACUCACAAGAAGAACAGAGGUAUAUAGACCAUGGCAAAAGCAUGCCCUUGCCUCCGAGGCUCAAUUUAGGUGUCAGCAUGGGUGCCCAGGGGUACAAACGUUCGCACGGUGAGUUAGAGAAUGUUGAAGCUGGUUAUACGUACAGGAGGAUGAAAGGUGGUGAAGCAAGCAAUAGCAGUACAGGUCUGGCAAUGCCGAGGAACAACUUUGAGGGUGACAGCAAAGGGCCACGGCCGCAGUCACGCCAGAGGAGUCAGCAGUACUUGCAGGAUCAAGAACGUGAAGUACAAACGAAGCAACAACGUCCGCAGCAUUCAUUAAAACAGAAUGACGACGACGCUAAAGCACAACAACAGAGACAGCAACACACUUUCAGAGCAUACACACCCGCCACUCGUCCUAUCGGUGUUGUGCCUACUAGCGCAUGCCCGUCGAAGGGAAGUGAAGGGAAGUCCGAGAUCGACCAUGGACAAGCACAGUACCAAUUUCAAUACCAAUGGAAGGUGGAUGGCGAAACCAAGAAAGGCUCAAUCAGGGCGCCAAGAGGAGGACCGAAAACGGGGAAGUCAUAUCAGAAAGCACUUGGCCAGAGUUCCGGCGCUGAUGCAGCCAGGGUGCCAGGCGCGGACAGGCUUAGGCUCGACUCUACAGAGGGUCCGAUGAUUGACCAUACUGCAGCGCUAUCACAAGCGGAUACUCUACAGCAAGAGGUGAAUAGAUUAGGUGGUGACGACGGUGAAGCAGUGGGAAUAUUGUCCCCUGGAAUGGCUAGGGAGCAGAAGAGAGUAGGAAUGCUCACUAAGUACAUAGAGGACGUGCAAUGUGAGGAAGGAACUGCAGAAGUGGCUAGCACUUCCGGGAAUGGCAUUAUGGGAGUCACCAGUAAGGUUUACCAAGCCACACUGGAUGAGAAAGUCCAAAAUUUGAUGCAGGCCUAUCUGAAUACCUUGCAGCUCACACAAAUUUCGCUGGAUCUGCCGGAAGAGGAUUCAUUUUCAGCUUCAGACAUAGAGGUGUCCAUUUUAGACACAGCAGGGCGCAGCUUCGUAUGUACAGCCAACAUGAUCGAUAGUCAAAGGCCUCAAUCGGAGCAAGCAGACAAUGAUGGGAUGGACGCUGAUGCGGCUCAUAACUCGAGUGACAUCCCCCCACUGCCCGUCAACCCCACCGACUUGGACAAGGAAGUAAAUAUCACCAUUCCAGCCGCCAUCAGUGGGCCCGCUAUUGACAGUGGCAAUGAACAAAGUAAAAGCCACGAGAUCAGUGGUGUCGAUGGCAAGAGUCUGUCGAAGGAGAAGACUGAACCGGAAACGACCGAAGAGCAGGUCGCCAACGAGACACAACCCAGUACCAAGACUAGGGAUGGCCAGGGAUACUUCACGGACACGGACAGUGAUGAAAGAGCAGAUUUGUCGCUUGAUGACGGUUCCAGUGAGUCUGCUAGUUCAACAAAUAUGCAAGUUACGCGGAGGAAGGACCCCUCCUCGGACCCAGCUCUCAGUGAUAACAAAAGAUUGAAAGAGGGUUCUAAAGCGGCCGGCCGUGGUGGUAAAAACAAUAGCGGCGUAUACAGUCGCAAAAGCUCCGCGCAGGUAACAACCGUUCCAAAUUCCCAGUCCGAGUCUGAAGAUCCGCCUAUCAGUCCUUUUUCGCGCCGCACGGUGUCCAAACGGAAUCGGUCUGUGUCACCUCCACCAUCCGUGCCACUGGAUCACUUCGAGAAACCGUUCAAAAGAACGCAUACUCCUGCAGACAUGCAAGUACGCGGCGUGGGUGGGAGUCUGAAUGUGAAAAAGGCGCCAGUGUAUGGCAGAAGUAAGAGCACUGAGCCGCUGGGUGCCGAGAAGCGACUGAAUGGUGCCACGAGUAGGGGUUUAUCAGUUGAAAACGCAAGCUCUACAACCACAGGAGAGCCUGUGAGAACAUCAGCAGCAGCUGCUGCAGAAUCUGGCGUGUCCGCUCCUACAGCUUCGGCGGAUGUGGCAGAAACGUUGCAAGGUGCAAGUAAGAACAACGGUGUCGAUGCUAAAAACCUCGAAUCGACCGUCGAAACCAGUGAAGGCCAAAAAAUAGAAAAUGAACUCUAUGGCACAUCGAACGAACCUGGUAUAGUAAACACUAAAUCUACAGAGGCUAGAAUUCCUAGUGAUGAGCUGCACGCAAUUGCCAAAGCAUCAAAGGUCAAGAUGAAGUCUACCGAUGCAGAUGUAGCAAGUCUUGCAGCGGUUGCUAAGGACACGAAUGAUACCGAGACGUUUAGCAACAGAAAACACGAUAGCGUAAAUACAAGUGUAAAUAAUGACGGUAGGAAUUCAGAUAGAAUUAAUAAUUCCAAGGAGGGCCUCAACAAAAUAGCAAAUGCCGAUAAUUUUAGCUCAACAAAUAUUUCCGGUGAAAACUCCGAGAGGCUUGGCAUGGAGAAAGAAAACAGUGCCGAGAGAGUGAUUGAUGCUACUGAGAAGGUAACCACGCUUAUUCCUGUGGAAACCUCGCGUUCGAAGGACCUCACUGUGAAACUCCGGCUCCCAAGCAAGACCAAGACGCAAUCUACUGUUGGUGGGAAAAGUGACACAACCAAUACCAACGCAGAAGACAUUGCUCAGCAACACAAUGGAAGCUCUAGGGGCAAAAGGACAGCCGCGGAACUUGAUAUUAUACAUACCCUCGAAGCUAACAGCGACGGCUCAGAAGACGAAACGGGCGGAACAGUAGCUGAAAACGAGCCUUCAAACCAAGCUAUCCGAUUCAAGGUCGUUAUGUCAGCUCCAAGACCUUCGGUGACUGAUGCGAGAGAUCGCACACGCGAGUUUCUUUCGGCGCGUUCGAAAUCCGUCCUCGAUGAUCUUAGCAAUCAAUCAAUGACGGACACAAUAGCUGCUGCUGAUAUUAAGAGAAGCACGAGCGCAUUUGGAGUCCGUUCUGAUCAUUCUGAUAGAUACGGUGACAGUGUUCGGCAGAGUAAGAAAAUGAAGCGCAAACCUUCGGCAAAUGAGUUGAAAGUAGGGGACGCGCGAAUGAACCCUAGUAUAGACCGGGCACUUGGGUCUAUUGUAUCGGGUAUUGAUGACGUGACCGCAAGUGUUGCAGCUCUCAAUGCAAGUGCGGAGAGCAAGCUCGGCAGAGAGCAAACACCAGACGUGGCUGGUGAUGCUAUGCCGGCAUUGACUAGGAUUAUCAGCCCGAGGGGCUCAUUCUCUGGCAAUAGGAGGCACUCUCUGAUUGUGUUGCCGUCCGAGGACAUGCCGGCUGCAGUACCAUUGGACGCCGAGCUCCCUCUCAGUGGUACAAACAGUCGUUCCAAUAGCCGGCUGGGUGACAACAAAAGCUCUGAUGAGGAGUUGCGCAAGCGCGGUAGCAGGCACAAUUCGGCCCAGCCUAUCAACCGUGCAUCAAGCUUGCCGAGGAUUGUGAAUGGUGUCGACGUCAAGGAUUGUAAUCGGUUAGGGAGACGAGGGUCACAGAUCAGAAGCUGCAGCCCUUCACGGGAAGGCGUUGCCUGUGAGGAUGAACAAUUGCUGGGCAGUCAGGAUAUGCACGCCACUCUCGAAAGGAAAGAGAGCCGCAAUUCAGUCAACAUCAAAGCGGGACAUUCCCCUGCCUACUUCCCCACUCCAGUCGCUAUAAGUACACUGGUGCCCGUGUACGAACUGGUCAUAGAGGCAUCGGGCGAGCAUACAAUCAAAGAGAACGGAAAAACUGACACUCCCCGCUGAGCACAAAUGAGGAACGAGGGGUAUCAGGACCAUCUUCCGUUAGGUGUAAGCAGUACCAUCCGAUGGGAUAUCUCUCUGCUAUCAAUCCUCACGCGAUUGAACGGUUACCGAUAAGGACG